AUGGCGCCAAAAAAACGACGAAAGUACCCUAAGCACAAUGUGCAAAACUCAGAGGUUUUUCAACAACAAAUCGAGGCCCUGUUCAACAAAAAAUUCGUUUUAAAAUCAAGCGAGGAUUCAUGGGCUCAUCUUCCAGAGGCAAGCCGUAUGUUCACAGAACCUCCUUUCGUUCUAGAAGACUUGAUCUCCAUGAAGGACGAUCUUAAUCGAAAUAAGAGCUUACUUAACAACAUGGAUAUUGAUGAGUGGCAUUUACACACCCGCAGAGCUCAUAAAGCGGGACUUGUUGUGAAGCACCUCAGGGAUAAUCUACGUGUUGAAAUGUGUACUCAAGCUUGGGCUAAAUUCCACGAGAUUCUUCACACUUUUGAUCUCGUCCCUGAGGAUGCUCAGCACACGGGCAAGUUCCGCUCCGUCCAUCUGUGUGAAGCACCAGGAGCUUUUGUGGCCUGUUUAAAUCACCUUCUGAAAAGCUCUUAUCAUGGUUUACAGUGGGAAUGGCUGGCUAAUACUUUGAACCCUUACUAUGAAGGACACGAUUUAAAAGCCAUGCUGGAUGACGACCGGUUCAUAUUUGAGACGUUCCCACAUUGGCAUUUUGGUGCAGAUGGAACUGGAGACUUGAUGAACUUGGUGAACUUAGAAGCUCUUCAGCAAGACGUGGAUCAAGUUCAUUUAGUAAGGGCUGGUAUUGACCCCGGGGGGGGUACUCGCAGAAAAAUUGGGUAGGGGUGUGCGGCCCGCUUCCCAAAACCCGUACCCUAUUUAUGACCAAAAUCUGCGAUUUUCCCUACCCUAUUUAUGACCUAACCAAAAAUUUGAUACCCUAUUUAUGACCUGACCCUUAAAUCAAUACCCUGUUUCAGACCUGCCUUAUAAUUAUUUCCCUAGUUCAGACCAAUGUUAAAGGCAAUGUUUAUCUGCUUUUACUAGGUUAGGGGGACAUGAUAAGGAAAUAGCUUCUUCUAAAAAAGUGCAUUCAAGACUACAGUGCAAAAAUCGUUUCCCUAUUUAUGACCAAAAUGGCGACAAAAUAGCCAAAAUCGAUACCCAAUUUAUGACCAAAACGGCUGGAAAACCCUACCCUUUGGGGCCGCACAUACCUAUAUAGCCCAUAUUAGGAGUACCCGGGGGGUAUUGAUCUAUUAAAUCACCAGAAAGUCAUCUCACUCACAGUUAUGUCACCUUAACCCAAGAGUUGUGACAACACUUGGACAAUGUGGUUAUAAUUAGCUUUAAUGCUCUUGAAAACCAUGUAUAUGUUGCAGUUAAUUUUUUAUGUUAGUUAAUUUUUGUUUUUCCUUUGUUUGAAAUUCAUCAGCAUACAUUACCAUACCCCAAAACAAUAGAAAAAUAAAAAUUAACUGAGAUAAAAAAUUAACUACAACAUAUAUCUGUUAUGUUUGCUAACGGAACAACUCAUUUGCAUUGGCAUGUUUUAAUUAUGAGUUGUCUAGUCUCAUACAAUGGUAUUAAUACAUUUUAGUAAAAGGGAGUGUUAACCCUCUAUGCCUCAAUAUCAACAUGCAUGUUCUCCACACUGUUCAUCACACAUUCCUUAUGGUACUGCUUGAAAGAAUUUGUUCUAACAUCACAACAUUUCACCUUUGGUGAUCAUUUUAUUCAUUCUCAUGACCUGUAUGUUUGAUCAGGCAGUCUGAUUGUUGGGAGAAAUUGGAUGUGAGUUGGGGCUUAAAGAGUUAAGGUUGUAAACUAGAUUUGUUUUCACCAAAGAAAGGUUGUUGUGCUCUUGGAAUUAAAACGAAAAUUAUUAUUUUCAGUUUCCAAAAACUUAGGUUGGUCAAUCUUUGUAAAAUGGAAAACUUCAGGGAAAUGGCUUUAUUAUCUCUUUCCAGGACAAUGAUUUUAUUCUUAUAAUCUGUUUGUAGGUCACAGCUGAUGGUAGUAUCAAUUGUGCCAAUCAACCAGAUGAGCAAGAAAGUGUUGUGGCUCAGCUUUGUUUCUGUGAAGCAGUAACAGCCAUUAAUCUGCUUUCUCAAGGAGGAAACUUUGUGUUUAAGAUGUUCACUGCAUUUGAGCACCAGAUGAUAAGCCUGCUUUAUCUUUUCACCUGUUUGUUUCAAGAAGUUCAUGUCAUUAAACCAGGUAAACACUGAAAGUACAGAUACAGUACAAAGAAAAUACUGUGAGGUUUUGUUUUCUGGGCAAGUUUCUGUUCUUACUGCCAAUCGCUAUUUCGUAUAAGUAGCAAGCAUGGCAGGUGUCAAGAAGGGAGGGGAGGAGGCUUUUCCUCUCCCACCUCAAGUACCCUUUCUGUGCUUGCCAUGUAGGCCAUUAUAUAAGUUGCAGUUCAUACUGUUGUUCUACUAUGUCUUACAAUAAAUGAUUCAGUUUGUUUUGUUUCAAAUUUUCAUACUAGCAAACUAUUAAAAAGUGUACUUGUUAAAUUCAUGACCAUAAUUUUAAUUUAAAAUGCUAUGGUAAAAUACUGGUAGGUAAAAAGUAAAGUAAAAACUCUCACACUUCAUUUGCAAUAAUACUGUAAAAUAAAUAGUACUGACAAUGCAAAAUUGUUGCUGGAGGGUUUUUAUUUGAGUGGUCAUACUACAAAAUUUUUUUCCACACGCUCAAAAGAUAGAACUGUAUUAUAUUUAUCUAUAUUUAAGUUGAUGAAGUGAAAGCCCAGGCUUACAUUAAUAUGUUUCAUACUUACUACUUAUUCAAAGACAAAUAUUGUAAUUUACAUAAAUUAAAUGUUUGGUUUAAUUUUUUUUUAGUUUUUUUUAGUCUGUUUGUUAUUGUAGAAGGACAGUUCCUUGCAAGGAAAUAUAAUUAUUUUGUAUUAAUAUUUAUGUUGCUACAAUAGGUACCAGCAAGUCAGGUAAUUCAGAGGUGUAUAUUGUAUGCCUGCACUUUAUUGGAAGGGAAGAAAUUCCUGCUGACAUCAUGCAAAAACUAAGAGAAGGAUUUGGGGCAUGUUCACCACAAAUGAGCCUCUUUCCUCUUACAUCAAUUCCAAGUUUCUUUCUGGAGAGAUUGAAAGUUUGUGAAAAGUACUUUACAGGUCUUCAAAUGGAAGCCAUUGAUCAGAAUAUUAAACAGUUCCAUCACAUGAGUGCUAGAGAAAGAAAAUCUCACACUAAACUUCGCCAUCUUGUAGUGGAGGCUUUUGUGGAAAGAUUCUUCUUACAGCCAAUCAAUAGAGAGGAUCGGAUAGUGCCUGGUGUCAACUUAGAUGGUACACAACUGAGCUUCACAAGAGGGCCUUCAAAUGAUGUUCCUUUUAAUGAGAUUUUUAAUGGUCGACAUCAGAUUGGAAGCUAUAAUCAGAGGCAAAGAACCCUGGACCAAGACUGGUUUGAAAACAUUCAAAGUGAUGAAUUGGUUAAAUUACAUCCCUCUCAAUAUCAAAGCCUGGAAGGUAAUGUUAACACUUCAUGUUGAGCAACAAAGCCUGAGAUAUGAUACAGUACCUUCCUGUUGUAUUGUUUGCUAUAGUACUGUUAAUAGUCGUGAUAAUGAUAAACUUACAGUAACUUCUAGACUGCCAGAACUGGCAAGUCCUCAUUGCUCCAUAUUUCAAGGUUGUCAUACAAAGUCCUCCACAUGUUCAAAUAAUAAACCCAUUUAAAAGUAUUCUUCACACCCUACAGUAAAACUAAUGAAAGAACAAGAUCCAGAGAUAGCAAAUACGAUUUCCUCACCCCUGCAGAAUUCAGUUUUCUGAAUAAUAAUAACUGAUACAUACCAGUGUGAGAGUAAAGUUGUGCACGCCUUUACCAGGAGUGCAUUCUGAAAAAGACUGAAAAAUUCAAAAGGCCUUUUGAGAAACACAUGCUAGCACAUAUUUGGUGGGAAGUCUGAAAUAUUAUCUUAACUCUGUUUUUGUUUUUCCAGGUCUAUCACAAACUUCCAAUGGUGUCACACUCAUUCCACUCUACCCUGACCAAGUUGUGUGGCUUCCUAAAGCACUGUAUACCACACCUAAAGACGUAACAGAAACCUGGAAAACUCAGGCUGCAGCUUGCCUAGGUGUUGUGUUGAAUUCCCGAUUCUGCACACCCCUAUACAUCAGCAAGUUGCGAGAGGCAAGGCAGCGAGCAACAAUCCUAAAAAAAGAAAACCUUGAGAACCUUGAGAGAAUUUUAAACAGAGGAGAUCCUUCACAUGUUGUCAGCAUGUCGACAGGUGGUGAAGCAGAAGUGAAAAAUCUUGAUAACAUCAUUUCCUUCACAGAAAUGUCUAAGAAUGAGAACUGUGGAAUUUUGUUAAAUGUUGGCUGUAGUCUUGAUUACGUGAAACAUCAUCUGGAAGAGAGAAAUGCAAAUUUCAGUUCCAUUCACAUACAUAUUUCAACAGAAAGUGGAAGAGUAUCACUUAAUCAGGAAACCGGUUGCCAAAUUGAAGAAAUCUCUCAGAAUGUGAAAAGGAUUUUGCAAAUAGACAAUAGCCAAAACAUCAAUCUAGUUUUUGCGGAUGUAGACAAUAGUGAUGAACUUAGCUCAAGAAGAAACUUUUUAUGUCUUUGUAUUACUGCUUUGAAGCUGUUGAAAUCUGGAGGGAUGUUUGUUUGCCGUUUAUGCGAGACAAUGACAAGAUUCACUGUGGGUAUUUUGUACAUUCUACAUCAGUUGUUUGACAAAUUAGCUUUUGUCAAACCAGUUCUAUCACCACUGUCUUCACCACAACGAUAUUUGGUGUGUAAGGGGUAUAACAGUGCCGACGUCCAUUUUCCAGCAUAUCUUGUAGAAGUUCUUAAUCAAAUCGUGAAACUAGACCAUGAACAGUUAGCCUUAGAUGUUGUUGAGGUUGUACCUGUGGGUCUUCUUUACAGUGAGCCAUUUUAUUCCUUUGUGAAAAAGACAAAUGAACAGUUAGCUCAUUUGGAGCUUCAGAACAUUGUUCAUCUUGAGAGCAUCUAUUUGUGUCCUGACAAAGGGCCGUCCAGUGAAGAGAUUUCUAAACUCAGAGAAGAAAUUAUGGAGUACUUGGAAAGAUGACUUCCAUACACUGACUGUCAAACUACAAAAGCCAGGAAUGUCUGAAAUGUUUUGAUUGCCAUGACCCAUCGCAGAUUACGACAUUCAAAUUACAAAAUAAUAUUUCAACUGCUUGUCGUUUAGGAAUCUAAUUUCUUAUUGUGACAAAUUGAUUUCUGAUUGUUACAAGUUGUUAAGUUUUUAUAUAAAAUAUUCAAACUCUAAAUUAGCUUAAAAUAUCAGUUUAAGGUGUUAUAUUCCAGACCCCGCUGUUUGGAAAUAGGAUUUCUAAAAAGGAAUAAAUAAUGUUUUAUUAACAAUUUCUCGUCUGCUCAACUCUCGCUGAAACAAGGAUGAUUAUGUAACAAUAGUAAUUCAUUCCUGGUACAGUAGUAAAUUGAUAUUGGAUAAAAUGUUAAUAUUCUUCGUCAAGAUCAAGUAGCCUGUGGGGCCCUCUGCCUGGUUGUUGGAUUUUCUACUGUCUGUUACACAAAACCCUGAGUCAUGACAUAAAAAUGGUGUGAUAUGUGUUAACUUAAAACCAACUUUUGUUGGACAGAAGUCAACAAAAGACUUGACUUCCUAAAAAAUAUUGACAAUAAACAGUAAACUGGUUUUCUCUUUCUCUGAAAUGACAGGUCUUUAAAUGAAAGCUAGGGCCCAGUUGUUUGAAAGGUGGAUAACGCUAUAAAUCCACUGGAUAAAUCUCUAUCCAGUGGAGAGUGCAAUUGGUCUGACUAAUACUUAUCCGCUGGAUAGUGAUUUAUCCGGUGGAUAGCACUAUUCAAUGUUUGAAAAACCGCGGCCUGGUCUAAAAAGGAG